AUGGCUCUUUUCCCUGAACGUUACGAGCUUCCGGAGGAUGGAUCUGCUGGCUGCGCGCCUACUGACCUUGCUCGCUUAUCUCUUUCUGACAGUCCUGUGCGUCUUUCGACCAGUCAACCUGCUACCGUUGCCUUUGUUUUCCCUGGCCCGGCGUCCCGGCCUGAGAUGCCCGACACGCGCCUUGUACGUACCAAGCAGCUCGAAAAGCACAUCAAGGAGUGGGAUGACGACUUUCAUCUCUGCUGCGAACACAUCGUAACGACUCUGAUGGUGCGUACGAGUGAACUUGGACCAAAAGGUGGACUAUGGGCAGGCCCUCCCGAUCCACUUCCCGCAAGCAUCUUGAAGAAACUUUUUCAUUCUGUCUCUCCGUUGUGCAGACAUUACAUGCUCCAUCUUGACCCAAACAACCUGACUCUGCCGCAAUGGAAGCACGCCAUUCCUGUGCCUCUCGAGUGGCAACCAGAAGUCGAAGACUUGUCCGACGACGAUGAUUGGGAGGCUUAUCAGAAGUCUGUAGCGUAUCACAGGCGUUUCAAGACCAAUCCCGAUCUCCGCCCUUUUCUUCACGACGCAGAUGAGGAAGCCAAAUGCGAGCGUCGCGACGAAGGCGAGUGUGUGGUGACCGGCAAGCCCACUAAUCGCCGACUUUGGUUCAUCCCCUUAACUUGGAAUGACACCGUUGAACAUAUGAACGCAACAGGCGACCUCCAUGUGGGAAGUACGAUCUUAACAGGAGUCAAUCUUGCGGAAGGGCCCAACCCAGCCUGUAGCGCACACACUCUCGGCGCAACUCAUCGAGUCUGGAAUAUGGUCUCCAUUGGUGAGAUUCUCUAUCGCUACUUCAACGACGGCUUUUGUGCAUUGAAGUACCAGGAAGGCAGGAACGAGGAGCUUAACAAAGACGAAGUUAAAGUCACCCUCAAAUUCUACUGGAUGCCCAAACUCAAGGCGCGAUUCGGGCUGGUGAUGGACAUCCAUUCACAGCCAACGAACGACUGGACUAUGAUGUUGAAGGAGUCUGACGCCUUCCAAAACUGCCCACCGCCUGAUCACUACGGUAAAGUCUUUACCCAGUCUGGAGACCUACUGGAAUCGGGACACAUUGUCAACAUAACAGUGGCCAAAAAGGAUCUUCUGUUCUUUCGCGAUGCAAUCGAGGUACACUGGGCUUGUAUCAUGUUCACAGCCUUUUGUGGUGCCGCUGGGCGCCCUUGGUUGUUGUCGGGCAAGGAUCCUGAGGAUCGAUUAAUGCAGAGCCUGCAGGACAAAGCCAGACUGGAAGGCGAUGCCAAGCUGGAAGGCGAUACCAAGCUGGAAGGCGGUACCAAGCUGGAAGGCGAUGCCAGACUGGAAGAUGAUGCAACAAUUGCAGAGUCUUCGAAGGGCAACACACUUCGUCGGUACGGAAGGAAGGUCAAGGAUGGUAUCAAGAAUGUACCCGGCAGUCUCAAGGAAGUAACUCGCAAAAACCUUGGUCGUCAGCCUAUCCCUCCUUACACGAGUCCCCAAGGUGUCUCAAGUGCCACAGUUACCCCAGGUCCCUCAACUGCCCCGGGUUCCUCAGCUGCCCCCGGUAGCUCUUAA